UCUCAUCUGAUAUUGACAUGAAGAGAUGGUGUUCGGAUCAUAGAACGCCGUGGAAUGUGAUAUGCAGACAUGGCAAUGAGCGUUUUCUCUCCGUGUCCACUCCUCAACCACACAAUCAAGGUCGGCUACGCCAGCCUUUGUUAAGGCAUGCGAUGCCAUGCAAUGCGGCUCAACCGCUAGCCUGCACCCCAAGUUUCGCCAAUGUUCUACCAAGACACCCGCCAUCACUCGGUCGCUUGUUGAGGUGAGAUCCGUGCAGCGCUCAAUAUGCAAGAAAUAAACAACCCAGAUCCGUAGACGGUCCAAGCUUGCAUCAAAGCAGCCGUAGCCUUGAGUCGCCGUGCGGCUCAACAAGCAGUGCGGACGCUAUAAUUGUAGCCAAGCGCAUACGAGCAAGGGAAACCGGGAAGCCAAGAGUGAGCUGCGAAUGUAAAAUGCCUCAACCCUCAGUUUUGCUCCGUCACCUUGAUUCUAUGGUGGAGUUUCUGAUAUUUCACGUCUCCACUGUGCAUCCUAUUGUCGUAUAUCUCAUCUCAGUCUCCACAGCUCCACUCGCACACCCCAUGGGCCACCACCAUCGUGCCACUCCACUAU